CAAGGACAGACACCAUGUCCAAACAGAAAUGGCUUCGACCAGCUGUACAUCCGACUGGGCAGAACUACCAAAAAAGAAGAAGAUGAAACUGCAAACAACUAAGAAGAAGGGGUGCACUGCUUAUAUGCAUAUAAAGAAGAUACAAGCAUACCCAGAGUACACGGUGAGCACCACCCUCAGUACAAGAGGAAGAAAAGACGCAAAAGGCAAAGCACUUGCUAAGCUUCGUGAUGCCAUCAGAGAAAGUGACAGUUCCCUGCUGGUUGAACAGAGAAUAUAUAUCAGCAUUUCUGCAAAGGAUGGACACACAAACCACAAGUUUGGUGAAGCUAUCUACUAUGCACAGCCAGUCAACAGUAAAGUGACAGAAGAAAUUGAAAGGCUAGUGCAUAAGGGCAUAACAUCUGUGAAGGAAGUGCAGCAGUGCCUUGUAUACUUCGUAGAUGAUAUCAUGUUUGCUGGCAAAGAAAAGCCUGAAGAUGCGUGCAGAGCAUUCUAUCCUACGAAGGAAGACAUUGGUAACCGCAUUCGUUCUGUGCUGAGAAAAGACCGCUUCAGCGAGGUGGACCAGGAUAACGCUGCAGCUCUUAUAAUGACAUUACAAGAACAAGAAUCAACAUCACACUUUUUUUUUCGCCCGUACCGAUCGAGUGAGCACAUCGAACAGAACAGCCCUGAUCUUUCAUGUGCUUCUGGUAGUGAUGACAUUUUGUCUCUUGUGUCAAAGGAGUGUACCGAAAAGCUACUUUUCUGUUAUCAGUCUGCCUUCAUGAAGUCUCUCAUGCAAAAAUAUGCAGAUACUGUUGUGUGCCUAGAUGCAACACACAAAACCACUGAUUAUGCCCUGCCCUUGUUCCUUCUGGCAGUAGAAACCCCUGUUGGCUAUAUGAACGUUGGAAUAUUUAUAACACAGUUCGAAACAGCUGAAUGCAUUUCUGAAGCUUUGAGGAUUUUCAAACAGUGGUGUCCUUCGUUCAGUCCUAUGUUCUGGAUGGUUGACUACUCAAUAGCAGAGAUAAAUGCAAUUUCUGCAAUUUUUCCAGACAGUGAAAUAGCCAUCUGUGAUGUACAUCGGGAAAGAGCAUGGGAUAGGUGGCUCAGAAGGAAAGAGAAUGGCGUGAAAAAUCAGGAAGAAGCACUAACACUCCUGAGAAAAAUUGCUAGAGCAACCACUGAAGAGGAAUAUAAGCAUGCAAAAGAAGCCUUGUGGUCAUCAGAAGUCUGGUCAUCAAACUCCAAGUUACAACAUUACCUGAAUGAAGUCUGGUUCUCAGUAGAGAAGAUGUGGGUGAAGCUGUUUAGGCUUCAACUCCCUAUCGCUACCAACAAUGGAGUUGAAUCACAAAAUAAAUUGCUCAAGGAGCACUAUAUUAAGCAGCACAGUGGGCGAAAAAGCCUUGCCGGGUUAAUUGGAACUCUCGUUGGCCAGUUUCUCCCAGAGAGAAAACGAAUCUUUUUAGAACGAAACAUGAAGCUUUCAACGGAGUACAGGCUGUGUCGUCCUGACCUUCCAUCAUAUCUUCACAAUAGGCCACCAAAGGUCGUAAAGCAUAUCAUGACACGCAUAACUGCUGCUGGUGACUUUAUGAGGGAGGACAUUCUGGGUGAUAAUGACGAUGGCCAAGGGAUAUUUAAGGUGAGGUCAUUGUCUCAAGAUGGGCUCCACCAUACAGUGAACUUCAAUGCACCUUCCUGCACCUGCAAGGAUUUCAUUACCACACAGCUUCCUUGCAAGCAUUUUUGUGCCAUAUUUCUAUUGUUUGACUCAUGGGGAUUUGACCAUCUACCCGAGAAAUACAGGAACAGUCCAGCUCUAACGUUAGAUCGGAACGUUGACACACGUAGUGACAUGGAAGUGGAUAUUUUACAUCAUGAUGAUAUUACAUGUGCUCCGACUACGAGUGAAAACUCAGCACCACUACAAGACCUACAGAAGGUCCAGCGAAGAGAAGAAAGACGAGUCAGAAACAGCGUCAUACAUGCACUAGAGCACUGUAAAAGUUCUGUUUAUUACUGCCAUGAUAUUAGCAAGAUGAAAAAUGUACUGAAUCGGCUCGCAGAAUGUCAAGCAGAACUGCAGGAUGGCAUGUCCACAUCUAAUGGUCUGACUGUCUGGAAGACCAAUAUGGUGGUUCCCCUUCUCAAGCCUAGCCAAUCGCCCCGCAACAUUGACUCCUUCCGCCCAAUUGCCCUUACUAGCUGCGUAGGCAAGACGUUGGAACGCAUGGUUUUUCGCCGCCUGAGUUGGUACCUCAAGACUGCGCGAUUCUUCCCCGAAGCAGUGCAGGGCUUUGAGCAGGGUCGGUCGCUGAUAGAUAAUGUUAACGACCUAGUGACUGAGACGCAGCAGGCAAAAGCUGACUGGCGCGCUGAAGACCACAUGACUGACGUGGUCUUCCUGGACGUAAAAAGAGCGUAUGACAGCGUUUUCCAUAGUGCCAUCAUCGCGACCCUGCAAGAAACUGGUGUGGGAGGCGCUCUCCUUCUUUGGAUCCAGGACUUCCUCAGGGACCACUGA